CGCUCUCUCUCCAUCGUCGACCAAUUCUGCCUCCAUUCGCGGCCCAUCGAUCUGGAAUGCGCCCACCCGGCUACAAUUCGGUAUUGGUAACGAAACAACCGAUCCCGUGGAGAUGUCAUCGCCGCGUUUUUUCUAGCGGGGACCGCGGCUCGUAGCCAAUAGGGGCCCGUCUAAUGCCCUUUUUGACCCUUUAUCGUGGCACUGGUUUGCUAACGUCUACAGUACCGACACUAUCUAAGAUGGUAGUUGGCGGGCUGGCUGGCUAAGACUCUUGCGCCGGAGAUGCACAUCUCCAGAAGCAUGGUUGGAUAGAUAGUUACAGGUACGACGAUGCGACAAGGUAGACAGAUAGAUAUUUCAAACCAUUUCAUGAGACCCUGUUUGAUCUACGUGCUUUUUGAACAUCUCUUCUCCUUUCCCUCUUCUCUGUAUUCGCUUUCCUUUUUCUGCUCCCAAUCAACCAUCUAAUUUCUCAAACAAGCGUCUCCUGGCCUGGUAUAAGUUAACUGAAUAUUAUACAUUAUCACUCCAAUCUAUUAAUCAUAUGCUACACAUCCCUGUAUACCAUCACCACACCGCCCGGCCCUAGCAACUCCUGUCCCGGGAAGUCAUAGCACCAUGGCGGUCGGUCAGAGGACCAGACUGGUCGUUGUCGGCCUCGGUAUGGUCGGAAUAGCCUUCAUAGAGAAAGUAUUAAAACUAGACGCAAGAGCCCGCGAAUACGACAUAAUAGUCAUUGGCGAUGAGCCGCACUUCGCAUACAAUCGCGUGGGCUUGACGAGUUUCUUUGAUCACCGGAAGGUCGAGAACUUAUAUUUAAAUCCGCAAGAAUGGUAUGCCACACAUGCUACGGAGAACCAGCUAAACUACCACCUCAACACCCUGGUGACGGAAAUAGACUCAGCCAGCAAAACAGUAACCUGCGCCAACGGUGAGGUUGUCGCAUAUGACAUCCUAGUGCUAGCCACGGGCUCGGAUGCUGUGUUGCCCACACACACACCGGGCCACGACGCAAAGGGCGUCUUCGUCUACCGCACAAUCGAGGACCUGCAGCGGCUAAUCGAGUACGGGGAGGUGCGCAAGGGGACGAUAGGCGCCGUCGUCGGCGGCGGUCUUCUCGGUCUCGAGGCCGCCGCCGCCAUGCUCGAUCUGAAGUGCUUCGAGCGCGUGAAGCUGAUCGAGCGCAACCGAUGGGUCAUGAGCAGACAGCUAGAUUCCGAAGCCGGAAACCUCGUCGUGGAGAAAGUCACGGAACUAGGCGUUGACGUGAUGCUGACGAGACGGGUGGCGCGGAUCACGACGGACGAAAGCGACACCGUCACGGGCGUCGUCUUCGAAGACGGCGAGGAAAUGGACUGCUCGACCAUCUGCUUCGCGAUCGGCGUGCGGCCUCGCGACGAGCUGGCGCGCCAGGCGGGGAUCAAGUGCGCGGAGCGCAGCGGCGGCGUCCUCGUCAACUCGGACCUAUCGACGAGCGUGCCCGACGUCUACGCCAUCGGCGAGUGCGCGAGCUGGGAGAACCAGACGUUUGGGCUGAUCGCGCCGGGCAUCGAGAUGGCCGACGUGCUCUCCUUCAACCUGACGCAGGCGAAGCUACACCAGCCGCGCGCCUUCAAGAGACCUGACCUAAGCACGAAAUUGAAGCUUCUCGGCGUCGAUGUGGCGAGCUUCGGCGACUUCUUCGCUGAUCGUGACGGCCCCAGUUCGUUGCCGGCCAAGGCCGCGCGGCGGAUAAAGAAGACGGCGAGUCCCAACCGCGAGAAGCCUACCCCCGAGGUCCAGGCGCUCGUGUACAAGGACCCGUUCGCGCAGGUGUACAAGAAGUACCUGUUUACGACGGACGGGAAGUACCUCCUCGGUGGCAUGAUGAUAGGCGACACGAGCGACUACGUCAAGCUAGUGCCUAUGGUUAAGUCGCAAAAGGAGCUGGACAUCCCGCCAUCGCAACUCAUCCUCGGCGCAAAGAAAGCGGGAGAGGACGACGGCGGGGACGACCUCGACGACGACACGCAGAUCUGCUCGUGCCACAACGUGAGCAAGGGCGACGUCGUCAAGGUCGCCAAGGAGGGCACGUGCAAGUCUGUGGGCGAGGUGAAAGCGUGCACCAAGGCCGGCACGGGCUGCGGCGGCUGCAUGCCGCUCGUGACGAGCAUCUUCAACAAGGCGAUGGCCGACAUGGGUGCCGAGGUCAAGAACUGCCUUUGCGCGCACUUCAACUACUCGCGCGCCGACCUGUACAACAUCAUCAUGGUGAAGCAGCUAACGACGCUCGCCGAGGUGAUGCGCGAGGCCGGCAACGACACGGAGUCGGACGGCUGCGAGGCGUGCAAGCCCGCCAUCGGAAGCAUCAUGGCCUCGCUGUGGAACAAGCACGUCAUGAGCAAGCCGCUGCACGGCCUGCAGGAGACCAACGACAGGUACCUGGGCAACAUCCAGCGGGACGGGACGUACUCGGUGGUGCCGCGGGUGUCGGCCGGCGAGAUCCUGCCGGAGCAUCUGAUCGUGAUAGGCGAGGUGGCGAAGGACUACAACCUGUACACCAAGAUCACCGGCGGGCAGCGCAUCGACAUGUUCGGCGCCAAGAAGCAGGAUCUCAUCGAGAUCUGGCGACGACUCAUCGAGGGCGGCAUGGAGAGUGGCCAUGCCUACGCCAAGUCGCUGCGCACAGUCAAGAGCUGCGUCGGAAGCACCUGGUGCCGGUAUGGUGUGGGCGACAGCGUGGGCAUGGCGCUGCGCGUCGAAGAGCGGUAUAAGAGUCUUCGUGCUCCUCACAAGAUCAAGGGCGGCGUCAGCGGUUGUGUGCGAGAGUGCGCCGAGGCCCAAAGCAAAGACUUCGGCCUCAUCGCCACAGAAAAGGGAUUCAACAUCUUCGUAGGCGGCAACGGCGGCGCGAGCCCGAAGCACGCCGAACUGCUCGCCAAAGACGUGCCGCCAUCCGAGGUAGUCCCCAUCCUAGACCGGUACCUAAUGUUCUACAUCCGCACGGCCGACAAGCUGCAGCGCACGGCGCGGUGGCUCGAGGCGCUCCCCGGCGGGCUGAAAUACCUCAAGGAGGUCAUCCUAGAGGACAAGCUGGGGAUCUGCGCGUCGCUAGAAGCGCAGAUGAACGAGCUCGUGGACUCCUUCUUCGACGAGUGGGCCGAGGCGGUGCAGAAUCCCGCGAUAGCCUCCAAGUUCCGGCAAUUCGCCAACACGAAGGAGACGCUGGAGACGGUGGAGGUCGAGCAUGACCGCGGGCAGAGCCGGCCUGCGUUCUGGCCGACGGAGGCCGCGAGGGACGACUUCAAGGGCUUGAAGGACCGCUGGUCGAGCACGGCGUGGCAGCCCGUCAUCGAGGCGAGUUACUUCGCGGGCGCCGACGACACGCCCAACGGCGUCUCGGCCAACAUCAAGCGUGGCGACACGCAGCUCGCGCUGUGGCGCGUCAGGGGGAAAUACUACGCCACGCAGCAGAUGUGUCCGCACAAGCGGACGUUCGCGCUAUCAGAGGGCCUGAUCGGGCAGGACGUAUUACCGCCUACACCGCCCACGACGCCGCCCUCGCUCUCGCCUCCAUCUUCGCCCACCGCCAGCGCCGCCGAGGUAGUCUCUCCUAACCCCCCUACUCCUACUACAACAACCACCACUACUACAAAAGAACCCUGCGGCUCCGCCAAGACCCCCUGGGUAUCCUGCCCCUACCACAAGCGCAACUUCGACCUCUCGUCGGGCUCGUGCACGAACGACGCGGAGCUCUCCAUCGCCACCUUCGCGGCCGAGGAGCGCGCCGACGGCCUCGUGUACAUCAAGCUGCCGCCCGUCGAGGAGCUCGACGCCGAGCUCGGCACGUCCAGGUGGAAGGUGAAGAAGGGGGAACACGGCGGCGCCGAGGGCGAGUUCGCCGAGCUCGACCGCAAGAUCAACUUCAAGGGGCGCAGGGCCAAGAAGGUCGGUCUCAAGCCCAUCGCCACCGACGACGACUUGGCCGCUGCGCGCAAAGUCGAGCAGGGGGCGAGGAUUACGGGUAUCAGUGGCGGUUGUGGUGCCGCGCCCGACUGGUGAUGUGCAUUUAUAUGUUGAUUAUCUUUUUAUCUCGAUUUGUUCUGCAGCAUGGGGAGACAUCAGGUUAUUUUGGUUAUUGGUCAUGAACUGGGCAUUUAUAGGUUGGCAUGGGAUACAUACAUAUACCUACAGCGAGUGGUCACAGACACAAGAGUGUAAGUAGACAUACUAUUACGGCGUUCAGGAUAUUUGGAGUCCGAACAUGUUAUAAAAAAUCAAGUGGGAAAUUCCCAAGGAACUACACUCUUGCUUCGUAGAGCAGUGUCAAAGGGAGAGGAAGACAGGCUAGCUAGCUUCCACUUAUCCAUUACUCCAUAACUCAGAGCAGACAUGAUAGGCACAUAGUAGUAUUACUAUCUCCCAAAAUCGUACAUCAAAGUUGAAUGUAAA